AAUAUUUAGCUUUUAAUGGGAAUUACUUAUUAUUCUUACUUUGAACUUUUAUAGUAAUUUUAUAUUUGAUCUCACAUCUUUGAACAUUUUUAUUCAUAUAUUACAUAUUUUAUUUUACGUAAUUUUUUAAAAUGAAAGAUGAACAGAAUGAUAAUAAUGACCCAGAAAAUUCUCGAAUAUUUAUAUUAUAUGACAAAAAUCACCCAAUAUCUGAAAAUGAGUUUAAAGAGAUGUUUGGAAAUUUUGGUGAUGUAAAAAAUAUUUACAUUGUAAAAGACCGCAACACUGACAGUGUGAAAGGAGUUGCAUACAUAAAAUAUUCAAAAGCAUCAGAGGCUUUUAAAGCUAUUGAAGCAAUGAAUGGACAUAGAAUAGAAUCAUCAAAUCGUCGUAUGAAAGUCUUAAUGGCCACCAGUCCUGGUCAUAUUAGAAAUAAUUCAGAAAUGGAAUAUAAUAGACUAUUUGUAUUUGUACCAAAAACUGAUAAGGAAUCAGAUUUAGAAAAUAUUUUUAGUCAAUAUGGAGAAAUCUCGAAAGUUCAUAUAGUUACAAAUAAAGAUACUGGAGAAUCUAAAGGAAUAGCUUUUAUAACUUACUCAAAGGCUUCGUCUGCUGCUUUAGCUAUUGAAGAAUGUGGACCAAAUUAUAAAGCUGUUUUUGCUAAACCCAAACAUGAUGAUGGACCAUCUGCAUAUCCUCCAUCUUAUCCCAGACAUGUUGAUUCUAAAAAUCCAACUAGUAGUUACUCACUGCUUGCUCCUCCAUCUCAUCAACAUCGGGAUGAACCUAGUGUAUUAACUGCUUAUACUUCAUCAAUUGUCUCGUAUAAUGAAGUUUAUAAAAUAAUGAAUAUUGCUCCUGAAUUGGAAUUAGUUAAAGAAUUAUCAAGACAGCAAAUGUACGAUAAGAAGAUAUAUCAAGUUAUUUAUAAUAGUAUUGCAGCAGCUGAACAUGCUGUAAAUCGAAUUAAUGGAUUUGAAUACCCACCGGGUCAUCCAAUAAUACUGGAAUUUAGUAGUACUCCUAUAUCUAUUUCAUCAGCAGUGGAUCCUAUAGCAAAUAAAAUUUCAAAAGAUAUUGAAGUGCUUUCUAGUACUGUCAAUAAAGCAUUAGCCGUGAUUAAAAAUGCUAGUAUGACAUCUGCUUCUUUAUGCUUGGCGGAUGAUUAUAGUUCACCAUUAGCACCAAAAAGAGGAAAUGAAAAAGUCCUUUUGCCAUCAUCAGAUAAUUCAUUCAGAUUAUUUUUUGUGUGUAAACCAAUUAUUCCUCCAAUGCGGUUAUUAGAGGAUACUUUUAAAAUGUUUAAAGGAUUAAGAAAUAUUAAUGUUAUUGAAGGAAAGAAUUAUGGUUAUGUAACUUAUGAUAAUUUGGAAAGUGCUACACGAGCUAUUAAUUGUUUAAAUGAUCAUAAAGUAUACAACAGUCGUUUAAAAGUAAUGGAAGCUGAACCUAGAGAACCAAAUCGUAAACGUAUGAAACCUGAUACCAUGUGAAUACAAGAAGACAGUAAAUAAUACAACAAAAACAUACAAUUUAUUAAACCCACUAAAACAACAACAGAAACUUGAGUUUGUCUAUAAUUACAAGACAAAUAUCACAAAAUCAACCAAUUUCAUGAAACACUACAAGAUAUUCAACGACUGUAACAUUGUCAACACAAAAGACACUUUUUAAACUAACUAACAUAUUUUACAGUGUUAUUUGUUCAGAAAGUUUUUAAAACUGAGAACUUAUAUUUACAUAGUUAUAAGCUUUUAAAUGUUUUUUUUUUCAUGGACAAGCUACUUUAUAGCAUAAUUAAAUAAGCCAUUCAAAUUAUUGGAUAUAUUCUAAGAAGUUAAAAAUAAUGACAAGGAAUUAAAACUCCUAAGAUAUAUCUCAGUGAAGUCAGAGUAUAAUUAAUUCAUAUGUAUGAUGAUAUAUAUAGUAGAUAGUUAUUUACUAUUUUUAAUAAUUAACAUAAACUAUUUUGUACUAUAACAUAAAUAUCAAGUACACUCAACAAGACUAACACCUUUAAAACAUUGACAUUUACCAGUUAAGUAUUGCUUUUAAAAAUAUUGAAUUAUAAAUUUAUUUAAUUUAAAUAUAUAGCUAUUUUAUAUAUUUUUUUUUAGUAUAAACCAUGAAAGUAUUUACAUUUUUUCCAGAUGUAUAAUUUGUAUUUAUUAAUUUAAAAAGUAAAAUUAUUAACUAAUCAGUAUCAAUUAUAUUCUUUAAUUUUCAGUAUUUUUAAGUUUUUAGUCAUUUUUUAAUUCAUGUUUUUCGAUUGAGACAUUCUUCACUUACAUUCCAUGCAUAUGUACUAUUAAAUAUAUAAUGAUACUUAUAAAUAUUAUGGAAUAGGAUCAACAAAAUUUUAUAAAAAUAUUGUGAUAUUGGUUUUAUUAUUUAAAUUAUUUUUUUUUUUAUAUUUUAAUAAUAUUAUUGGUGAAUAUUAGAAUUAUUGAAAGAAUUUGAAUAGGAUAAUAUAUUACAUUUUAUUAGAGGAUUAGUGGUAUAAAUUAUUUAUUUAAAUACAUUUUUCUAUUUUAAUUAUGAUCUUUGUAGUUUAAACAUUCUGUACAAAUAUAGGUGCAAUGUUUUAUUUGAAAUUAGUAAAUGUUAAUUUUAAUUUUUAUGUUAUUAAUGCAUUUUUAGUUUAAUAUCUUAAGCAAAAUUAUUUGUGAAAAUUUGAGAUUUAUUUAAUUAUAAUUUGUGCAACACAGAAUAUUUAUAAUUUUUAAAUAUUUUUUUAAAACUGGUAAUUUCUUAUCUGACAUGUUUUUAAACAACUUUUGUAUUGUGUUUUACUUACAUAUGCUUUAAUAUUAUCACAUUAUCUGCAACUUUCAUAUAUAUAUAGAAUAUAUAUUUUUUAAACCGAAGAAAGUAUUGUUGGGAUUUGUAUCCGUAUUAUUCAACUUAUAUAUAACUAAACAAUAUUUAAUGUUUGUGUUUAUUUUUUGAGUCGUUGAUCUUUGAUUAAUAAUUGUAUUUGGAUGCCCAAUAUUAUGGACAUAUGUGCAUGUUAAGUACAGGCAUUACGUUUAAUAGAUGUAAUUAAAGAUUUAAUUUGAGAGUUCAUUGAA